AUUUCCCAGUAACGUCGCCAGUUCUCGGAAACAGGAAGUGCAGUUGCGAUAGGGGACUUCUUAGUCGUUUAACGUCUCAUUCAGCAAUAUUCCAACUAUAAGGAGAGCGGGGUGGUUGACGGGGCCACUCUCCGUGGACAAGACUAAUCGGACACAUUGCAGGUAGUCUACUCUCCGCGGACAAGACUAAUCGGACACAUUGCAGGGAGAUGGUAUAACCCAAAGCUAUGUCCAGACGUUCCUCAACACCGGGGUUUCUGUUCAACUCAGAAAUAUCUGCCAGAAGUCAUCACUACGAACAUGAAGACAACACAGAACAGACACGUCGGUACGAUCGUACAGGAGGGUCAGGGCGGAGGUGGGAUGAUGAUGGUGGCGACCACGAAAGAUCUGGAGAAGAAAGGGGAGUCAGAGCAUGGUCGACAGACAGAUCAAUCAGCGGUGAACUAAGAUGGGGAGAAGGAAGAGGUGGAUCCAGAGGUCGAGGAAGAGGUAGAUACUAUGAUGACAGAGGCACAGGUCACAGUAGUGGAGGUUUUAGAGGAAGAGGAACAAAUGUAGAAGGAGAGCGAGGGCAUCACAGAGGGGGAUACAGAGGAAGAGGAAUCUGUGGAGAUGGAGCGAGAGGACAUCAUAGCAGAGGUUAUAGAGGAAGAGGACGAGGAGGCAGAAGAGAGGGACUGAAUUUAACCCAACUUGAAGAACUCAGGGAAAAAGACCCUUCCACCAUUGUAAUGACGCUGGGAUUGGAGUCAGGAAUUGGCCUUUUCUUGAAUCAAAAAUCUCUUAAUCAACGUGAGGUGUACACCUUUGUGAGUGUUAUAGCCAAAGCAUGUCGUUGCACAACUGCUCCUGAAAGUUUCAACAGAAUUCUACUUACUAUUCGACAGUCUCAAUUUUAUGAACAUGUAUCGGGUGUCUUGGGAAGUAGUAUUCGCGGGUUGUCAUUAACUGAAGAAGAAAGAAGAAACUUUCUUGGAGACCUGGCAAUAUUUAUGAAGGAACUUUAUAUUCGGCUACCUCACUCUGCCAUGGAAAUGAAGGUUCUCGGUUUGGAGCAUCUCUUGACAAAUGAAAUUCACAAAAUGCAAAGGACAUCUGACAACAUUCCGCGGGACAUUCUGUCAAACAUUUCCGCACUCCAGGAACUAAAGGCUACUGUGCUUGACCAAUCAAGGAGCAAGCAGGCAGAGAGGGAUGAGCUCAAAGAGGGUGGCCCACCUGAUGAUUUCAGACAUGUAUCUAUUUUUCCAAAUGCUGAUGAUAUUCAUCCAAGUGAAAAACCAUUCCUCAGAAAAAACAAAUCAGUUGGCGGCUACAGGGAUCUGGACCAUUAUCUCGAUGUACAAUUCCGACUUCUGAGGGAGGAUUUUAUUUGUCCCCUGAGAGAAGGCAUAGAAGCCUACCUUGUUGCAGAAGCUCCUGGUAAGCGAGGACAGCGUUUGAAGGAUAUCAGAGUGUAUCAUGAUGUGCACAUUGUUAGGACUUUGUGCUCCAACAAUGGUCUACUUCACAGAAUAUCUUUUGAUGUGAGCAAUCUUCAACGUGUUAGGUGGGAAAAUUCGAAGAGACUCAUUUAUGGAUCCUUACUUUGUCUAUCAAAGGAUAAUUUUAAGACUCUCUUGUUUGCAACCAUCACUGAGCGAGAUCCUAAGCUACUGAGAGAAGGGUGUGUAGAUGUACUUUUUGAAGAGUCUGAAGAUCUUGACAAGAGGCACUUUGACACAAAGUUUGUCAUGGUGGAGACAACAGCUUUCUUUGAAGCUUAUCGUCAUGUGCUACGAGGUUUACAAAAGAUAAAGGAGGGAGACCUACCAUUUGAAAAGUACAUUGUUGCAUGCAAAAACACUGUCAGUCCUCCAAAGUAUCUCAAGGAGGCAGUGUCAAUUGAAGGAAAAUCACCAAAGUUUGAUCUGCGCCCACUGAUUGAUGACAAAAUUGAUUUGCGGGAAGACAAACACCUACUUUCUCAAGGGCGUGAAGUAAGCUAUUUCUUCAGUCAUGAUUCGAGAUGUGGCAAAAGUGUUCAUGUCUUGGAAAAUAGGGACUGGCCCUCUCCAGAGACACUCCAUGUUGAUAAUUCACAGUUCCAGGCCCUGAAAACAGCUUUGACAAAGGAGUUUUCAAUCAUACAAGGUCCACCUGGCACUGGAAAGACUUAUGUUGGGUUGAAAAUUGUCAAAGCUCUUCUUCAUAAUGACCAGAUGUGGAAAAGGCAGCAACUCACACCUAUGUUGGUCGUGUGUUACACAAACCAUGCCUUAGAUCAGUUUCUAGAGGGAAUAAUUAGUUUCUACAAGGGCAGUGUCAUCAGAGUAGGCAGCAGAAUUUCAAAUGAGCAACUUGAACGUUACUCGUUGAGGGCUAAUAGACAAAAGAUGAGAAACGACAGGGACAAGGAUCGAGAUAUGAAGAAUGUUGGUAAAAGGCGAUGGGAGACAAAAAACAGAAUGCUUGAACUUCAGUAUCAGAUUGAAGAAGUUGGAAUGAAAUUAGAGGAUGCCGAAAAGACAGUUUUGCAUGAAGAUGUAUUGAGGCCAUAUAUGAAAAGUCAUUAUGACACAAUAUUAGCAACGAUGAGAAGAAUGCACAGACAACAAGAAACUGAAUACCAUCACAAGUUGCCAUUUCCAAUGUCCUUCAUAGUAGAAUGGCUUGGAGUUGGCAGCAUGGAGGCUACAAUUGCAACUUUUGGAGAUCAGAGGCAAGACGCAUUUGAACAGGAAUAUGAUGAAGAAGUUGAGGAGAUUGACGUUCAAGAAGAGGCAGGGAUUGUCCAAGCACAGCGCCGGGUUCAUGACAUGGAUACAGAUGACUUCCCCACCAAUGAGUUUGAAAUUAAACAAAAGAAGAUCAGAGGUCUCCAGAAUCAAAGAGAUAAAUAUGUGGCUUUAGAUGUUGCCUCGUUUGACAAAAACCAAAUGCCGGUAGGAACAGCAACAGGAUUUCAAUACACAAGAAAGGAAAGAAAAAACAUUAAGCGUCGAAUGUUGAAGCAGCUAAAAUCCACACAGAGAAUGUGGGAAAUGGAAGCACUUCGUGUUAGAGACCCAUGGAUGCUGACCAUGGAGGACAGAUGGAGGCUUUACAGACACUGGGUGUACAAAUUUUGUGAAAAGUUACAGAAGGAUAUACACGCAAAAGAGCAGAGCUACCGGGAGGUUGUGGCAGAAUACAAAGAGCUGCAAAUGAAUGAAGACAUGCAGAUACUACGAGAAGCUACAGUUAUUGGCAUGACAACUACUGCAGCAGCACGUUAUCAACAAGCCCUUGCAGAAAUUGGUCCACGUAUCAUUGUAGUAGAAGAAGCAGCUGAGGUUCUUGAAGGACACAUCAUCAGCACUUUAAGCAAGAAGUGUGAACAACUGAUACUCAUUGGAGAUCACAAGCAACUGAAACCUAACCCAACAGUGUAUAAUCUGGCCAAAAAGUUUAACCUAGAUUUGUCAUUGUUCGAAAGAAUGAUUGAUAAUGGAAUCCAUUGUGAUACUCUCGCCCUUCAGCACAGGAUGAGGCCAGAAAUAUCCACUGUGAUGCGUCACAUAUAUCCAAAACUUCAGGAUCACCCAUCUGUACUUCGCUACGAGAAAGUGAAGGGAAUAUCUGCCAACAUGUUCUUCAUAGAUCACAACAACCAAGAGGAGCAUGAUACAGAUAUGAUGAGUCAUUCUAACACAUAUGAGGCAACAUAUAUAGUUGCCCUCUGCAGUUAUCUCCUGAAGCAGGGAUAUGACAAAUCACGAAUCACUGUCCUCACAACCUAUUCAGGUCAGCUGCUUAAACUGAAGAAGAUGAUGCCAAAACAGGACUUCCAAGGAAUGAGACUGACAGUUGUUGACAAUUACCAAGGAGAAGAGAACGACGUUAUCCUGUUAUCUCUUGUCAGAAGCAAUGCUGAAGGAAGCGUUGGGUUUUUGAAAAUAGAGAACCGCAUAUGUGUAGCUCUGUCAAGAGCUAAAAUUGGACUCUUUGUCAUUGGCAACUUUAAUCUUCUUUCCCAGCAGAGUUUAUUAUGGAAGGAUAUCUUGACAGAUCUGAAGAAGAACGGUAAAACGGGUCCAACAUUGAACCUUUAUUGCCAAAACCACCCCACAGAAACAGGAAUCAGUGUUCAAAGCCCAGAUGAUUUCAAGAAAGCCCCUGAAGGGGGGCUGUCUGAAGCCAUGUGUCUUCAGACUUGAAUGUGGACACGUGUGCACAUUGCUGUGUCAUCCUUAUGACCCUGAGCACAAAGAUUAUAUUUGCAGGAAGCAAUGCACCAAAACACUGCAGCAAUGGUCACCAGUGUCCCCAGCGUUGCCAUGAAGAAUGUGGAAAAUGCAUGAUACGUGUUGAAAAGAUUAUUCCAAAAUGUCAACACAAACAGAUGGUUCCAUGCUUCAAAGAGCCCAGCACAUUUUCUUGCCAGGCCGAAUGUAACACAGCCCUUGAGUGUGGACACACAUGUGGAAACACCUGUUCCAUGAAACAUGGGUGUACAGCAGUCGUGAAAAACAUUUAGAUGCGGGCACACAGGCGACGUCCUUUGUACGAGGAAAGCAUCAGCACAAUGCGAAGCCAAAUGUUCUGAACUUCUGAAAUGUGGGCAUAAAUGUGAAGGUGACUGUACACGAUGUCAUGAAGGAAGGCUGCACAUACCAUGUCGCAAGAUGUGUAAAGAUACUCUGAUCUGUGGACAUGUCUGUGUAUCUGGAUGUUCUGAAUGUAAUCCAUGCAGAAAAGCAUGUCAAAAUCGCUGUCAGCACAGAAAAUGCACGAAAUAUUGUGGGGAGCCCUGUGAUCCGUGCAGUCAGCCAUGCGUAUGGGAAUGUGAACAUCACAGAUGUACACUUCCCUGCUGCGAGCCUUGUGACAGACCACCCUGCAAUGAACCAUGCAAGAGGAAGCUACCUUGUAAACACCCAUGCAUAGGUCUGUGUGGAGAACCAUGCCCAAAACAAUGCGGCAUUUGCCACAAAGAUGAAAUCAUGAAAGUAAAUCCAACGCCUGGUGCACGAUUUGUAUUCCUUGAGGACUGUGGUCACAUUGUAGAAGUGUCAGUACUUGACCACUAUAUGAACCAAAACUCAGAGGAGAUCAAACUGAAAGUCUGCCCACAUUGUAAGACAGUGAUCAGGCACAAUGUGAGAUAUGGGUCUGUGGUCAAGAAGAAUGUGAAGAAUAUUGAAGUCGUUAAAAAGCUCUGCAAUGAGAAAAAGACAAGGUUCCACACAACGAAACAAAGACUUAUGAUGGAAGUGAGGUAUGAGGAAGAACAGGAAGAGAAUGGCAUGAAGACAACCAUGUUCCACCGAGGUUACACCAACACAGUGGCCGGACUCUCUGCGCUGGAAAACCAGUUUCACCUCCUAGAUGCAUUGAAAAAGGUAUCUGCUGAAUACAAAAAAUAUACAGUGACCACAUUUGUGAAUGACGAUCCCUCAAGCUCAGAGGAGGUAGAUUUGCUCUACAAAUGGCUGAAAACUCCAAGACAAGUCUUCAGUGAGCAAGAGCAAUACGAUGCCAAGAAUGAACUCCUCAGACACAGAGCAGUUUUGGUAUAUCUUAGAUGUGGCCAUGAAAGACAGACUACACUGAUGCGAAUCUAUUUGCCAAUGCUGAAAGACGUUCUGUUGUCAGGAAAGCCAUACACAGAGGAGAAGCAGACCAGAGUUAGAACUCUAUUUAACAUACUGGGGGAUACCGUGCCCACUGAUAAGGUACAACAGAAGGUGAAGCUGGUUGGCAAUAUAGGACCAGCUUCUGGAAAGUGGUUCUCCUGCAGGAGAGGUCAUGUGUAUUCGACUGGAGAACAGCUUGUAUGUCCAGACUGCAAGGCCAUUGGUGACAGGAAAGAACGGCGAAUGCUUAUGAUGACUCAAAUGAGAAAGCAAUAAGCGUCAACAUAACGAGGCUGUUCGUUAUGCAUUGCAUGCCUAUGCUGAUUGUGCGCUCUAAUGCAUGCAUUGGAUAGUGACAAUAAUUCAAGAAUGCUAACCAGACAUAACGAAUGGAUCUUAUUACAAAAGAUCUUACUACACUAUUAACUAUGUUGUGAAUAACGUUAUGAACAAUGUGUGAACCUGUGCUUCGUUAAUACUGUGAUGAACAUUGUGCUUCAGAGUGAUGAAUGUUAUUGUCGGACGAGUGGACUACAUGAAAACAAAAUGAAGAAAAGCAACAAUGAAUAUUCCUCCUCUGAGAAUAUGAUUCACUGUUACUGAAUUUUCGUGUAUAUACAAUACAAAACUAUCAUCUAAAUUAUUGGAUCGUAGGAAGAAAUUGGCA